AUGGCAGUGAGGUCGCAGUUCGAAAACAGCAGCGAGGUCGGCGUGUUUGCCCGCCUCACCAACACCUACUGCCUGGUGGCCUACGGCGGCUCCGACAACUUCCGAGUUUUCGAGGCGGAGCUCCAGGACCACAUCCCCGUCGUGCGUGCCUCCAUUGCCGGUUGCCGCAUCGUUGGUCGCCUUACCGUUGGUAACAAGAACGGUCUGCUGCUGCCCAACACGACGACGGACCAGGAGCUCAUGCACAUAAAGAACUCGCUGCCCGACGAGGUGGUGGUGCAGCGAGUGGAGGAGCGGCUCUCGGCGCUGGGCAACGUGAUCGCGUGCAACGACUACGUGGCCCUCGUGCACCCCGACCUGGACCGCGAGACGGAGGAGAUCGUGGCGGACGUGCUGGGCGUGGAGGUCUUCCGCCAGACGAUUGCGUCGAACGUGCUGGUGGGCACCUACUCGGUGAUCACCAACCAGGGCGCCCUCGUGCACCCCAAGACCAGCGUGGAGGACCAGGACGAGCUCUCGUCCCUCCUCCAGGUGCCCCUCGUGGCCGGCACCGUCAACCGCGGUUCGGACGUCAUCGGCGCCGGCCUGCUCGCCAACGACUGGACCGCCUUCUGCGGCUUCGACACCACAGCCACCGAGAUCUCUGUCAUCGAGAAGAUCUUCAAGCUCCAGGACAACGCGCCCCAGGCCACCAUGGCCGACAUGCGAACACAGCUCAUCGAGGAGAUGUCCUAA